CCCUGACUGUUGAAAUUUUUUUGGUGGUAGAGAUUUACCUUUUUCUACCACAGUUGAAGGCUACUUGCGUCUGUCACUGGAAGCUAAUAACGAUAUUGCAACUGUUAUUAUUACGGUUAGCCGAACCUAACCAGCAGACACACCAGGAUUCGUUGUUAAUUUGGCCGGAAAGCCAUGACAACUGCCAGAACUGGCGAACCCGACAUUGAUGCCAAAAUAACCGAGUGGUUAUCGUGGGAUAAGAAUAAAGAAACACUUCGUGAAAUAGCUGAUCUUGUAGAGAAGAAGAAUGUUGAAGAUCUCAGACACAGGUUGCUUCAGAGAAUGGAAUUUGGGACAGCAGGUUUACGAGCGAAGAUGGGAGCCGGGUAUUCCAUGAUGAAUGAUCUCACUAUUAUUCAGGCAACACAGGGACUAGUAAAAUAUUUAGUAUCCAGUUGCCCAUCUGUUAAAGAGAAAGGAGUUGUCAUUGGUUACGAUGGGCGGCAUAAUAGCAGUAGAUGGAGCAAACUAGCAUCAACAGUUAUUAUUAAUGAAGGUGUACCAGUCUACAAUUUCUCCACAAUGGUACCCACACCAUACGUGCCCUAUUCUGUGUUACAUCUUGGGGCACAAUGUGGCAUAAUGAUCACUGCAUCCCACAAUCCAAAAGAAGAUAACGGAUAUAAGGUUUACUGGACAAAUGGAGCACAGAUUAUUUCCCCCAUAGACCAAGGAAUUUCUUCCUCAAUCUCUGCUAACCUGGAACCACUGCCUGGGUCAUGGAACACAAGCAUUCUCUCCAGCAGUCCACUGUACAAAGAUCCUCUGCAGGAUAUCGUGAAAUCCUACAACCUCGAUGUUCUCAGUCUGUCUCAUUCCAAGGAUACCAAUGCAUCCUCCCCAGUCAAGUUUACCUACACGGCUAUGCAUGGUGUUGGCUACAAGUAUGUUCUGGAAGCAUUUAAAGCAUUUAACUUUAAACCUCCAAUUCCAGUCAAACAGCAGGUUGAUCCUGACCCAGAGUUUCCAACAGUCAAGUACCCAAACCCAGAAGAAGGAAAAGGUGCACUGUUGCUUUCUAUGGAGACAGCUGACAAGAACGGUAGUCCUGUGAUAAUUGCUAAUGAUCCUGAUGCAGACAGGCUCGCAGUAGCUGAAAAGUCAUCAAGUGGAGAGUGGAAGAUUUUCAGUGGGAACGAGACAGGGGCCUUGCUAGGCUGGUGGCUGUGGAAAUCAUUCAGACAACAGAAUCCUAAUGCUACAGCUUCCGAUGUGUACAUGAUUUCCAGCACUGUGUCUUCAAAAAUACUCAACACGAUGGCUGAGAAGGAGGGAUUUUCUUUUGAGGAAACAUUAACUGGAUUCAAGUGGAUGGCAAACAAGGCUGAUGAGUUGAUGAAGAAAGGGAAGACUGUUCUCCUGGCAUUUGAAGAGGCUAUCGGGUUCAUGUGUGGCUGCAAGGUGCUGGACAAAGAUGGCAUCAGUGGGUCUGUGGUCUGUGCUGAACUGGCCACCCACCUGUACAGGAAGGGUCUCACACUACAGAAGCAAUUAGAUAACAUUUACACUGAAUAUGGAUAUCACUUGUCCAGCAAUUCUUACUUCAUUUGCCACGAUACAGCAGUUAUCAACCAAAUGUUUCACUGUCUGCGGAACAUGGAUGGGACAGGCAAGUAUCCAACAACGUGUGGUCCAUACAAGAUCAAGUAUAUCCGAGAUUUAACCACAGGGUAUGACAACAGCAGACCUGAUGGUGUUCCACUGCUUCCAGUUAGCAAGUCAAGUCACAUGAUCACUUUCACAUUUGAAAAUGGUUGCAUAGCAACACUACGCACCAGUGGUACAGAACCGAAAAUAAAAUAUUAUACUGAACACAAGCCAAAACCGGAGACAGGGCUGGACAAAGCUGGAGCCCAGAAAGAGCUUGAUGUUAUUGUAGAGUGUAUAAAGAAAUACUUCUUCCAGCCUGACAAGUUUGAUCUGAUCCCGAGACCUGUUGAACUAUGAGCAGUUCGCACAGAAUCUCACCAGUCUUAGUAUUAUUACAGAAUAUACUCCGAGCUGUCUGAAACAUUGUAUCAUGACUUGUAUGUUUAUCAUACUCUCAUCUUUCCAAGAUAUUGCAUGGCCUCAGUUUAUGCAGAGAUUUGUUUUCACAAAGGGACAUUCCCGAGUUUGCUGCAUUGUGAGAUGUUUCCGACUAAUAAAAUAUUUCUACGAUUAAACUUACAUAUUAAAUAUAUUUUCUUAUUUAAAAUAUA